CACAUCUCUUUAAGUCUCUUGGCGUAUGAAGUGUAUCCUUUGUCUUCAACUUUGAUUUUUACAUACGUCUUAUCUCUGACAUUUAGUUUACAAACGUGAGAACUAGAAACGGUCGCAAAAUUGAGGCAACGAUGUAUGUUUUCAAUUUUUUGGUUAUUGUGUGUGUAAUCUUGGUUACUAAUUUACAUACGUGCCUUGUAAAAGCUCUAGAAAAGGAAAUGACAGUUAAUAUUGAUGCUGGAAAGGAAGAAUGCUUUUAUGAGAAUGUUAAAGACGGUCAACUGUUGGAGGUGGAUUAUCAGGUUAUAGACGGAGGUCAAGGAGAUCUAGAUAUAAAUUUUCGCUUAUAUGCCCCAACAGGACGUACUAUAGUGGCUGAUUAUAAGAAGGCGGAUAAUACACAUAGGAUAGUCGCUGUAGAGGCUGGAGAUUACAGAAUGUGUUGGGAUAACAAGUUCAGUACAUUUAGUAGCAAAACAGUCUUCUUUGAAAUUCUAGCUGAUUACGAAGGCCAAGCUAGUGAUCCUUGGAAUGAUGCAUUGGAAAAUUAUGAAGGAUUGAGUCCGGAAGAAGUAUAUGAUGUCGAAGCUCAAUCUAUAGAGGAAAUAAUACUCAGAGUUCGCUCAAAUCUAAAGAAGGUGCAGCAUCUCCAAGAACAAACUCGUGCAUUUGAAGCAAGGGAUCGAAAUGUAGCAGAGAGCAAUUAUGUUCGUGUAAAUGUUUGGUCUGUUAUACAGAUUAUUGUAAUGCUUGUGGUUGGAUUUAUUCAGGUUGUUAUGGUGAAGAGCCUCUUUGAUGACAAAUCCUGCCUACAUCAAAUAUGGAAAAAGGUUUAUUCUUCUUGAAUUCCAUGCUUUCCAUGUGUGCUGCUCCAACAUUUCUUUUGGUUUUUAGUAUAUGGAACAUGCAGUCUGUGUAGCAGUUUGAUGUGGACUUCAGGAUCUUAAUGUGAAGACUGCAGAUCAUCUAUAGCACCUCCAAUUAUAUUUGAGUUAUCAGUUGAACUGAAUUUGGUUGAAAGAAAGAGUUGGAGUACUAUUAAGAGACAUAGUGAAGGCCCUUAAUUCCCAGUGUGUCAAUGCCACAAGUAGGUGGGACAAAUGUCCACCUUCAAAGAUACAACCAGUUGUUCAGUGUUAUUAAUAAGAAAUGCAUUCAUAAAAUACAACAUUUUAGAUUGGUUGUUUGUCAUUUUUUUGUCUUCAAGUAUCAGCAGAUUUAAUGUGUAUGUAAGACUAAAUGCAUUGUAAAAUUCGUAUCUGAACUUUAAUUAAUUGUGUUUGUAAUACUCCAGUAUGUUGUUUGGAAACCACUGCUAUUUCCACUAUAUGUUUGUAAAGAUAGUGUUUUCAUUUGAAGCAGCUAAGAAGUACUGGUAGAUUGGAGAUAGGUCAUGUACCUAGGUACCUCAUUGCCUCUGAAAGCUGAGACUCUGUGUUCAACUUACAAUCUGACACACAGUAUGAAUCUGCCAGGAAGUCUCGUAAGUGAAUAGAUUGAACUGCAGCAUGUUUUGUCACUGUGUAGUGUUGUAGUGUAGUGUCACUUUGUGUAAGUUGUUUUAACAGCUUUCUCUUAACAGGACGCCAUAUCAAAAAAUCUGAUGAACAAACAAUAGGUUUACUGUCUGAUUAAAAGUAGUUACGUAUUGAUGCACUCAUUUUAUUUCACAUUUUUCUUUAUUUUCACUCAGAGUUCACAGGGUGUUACUUUUAAACUGUAUCAGAAGCUUCAUAGAGAAGGUGAUUUCAGGAUACAUGAAUACUCAUCUCUGGGAAGAUUUUCCUGAACUCUAAUCUGAAGUUAACUGAAGUGGAUAUUAUGUAAUGAGAUGUUGGCAUCAAAAUGUCUUCUGUAUUGAUUAACCUUUUAUUGUUUUUGUUUGUUUGUGUGCGUGUGUGCAGACUGUCAUCUAGAUGCACAAAUACAACUUCAGUGCAGGAUAGUGGAUGAUGAGUGUUGCAUUCUGCAGAUAUGACUGAGUAUUAUUGGCUGCCAAUGAUUAUCCAGAGUGCAGUAUAUUAUGUAUGUCUUCCAUAUUCAGUGUCACCUUGUUAUAGCAAAUAGUGCCAAGAUGAUAGUAUUUGUUUUGUGGCAGAAUGCGCAGCAUAUUGACAAUGUCUAUAAUAGUUACGGAUUCCCUCUGUAAAUCUGUUAAACAAGCUCAUUUGUGGCAUUGAAGGAUUAACAAAGACAUAGAGUUAAGUUAUCUACACAACAUAUUGCACUAAACAUGACUAGAAAUCCUAGAAUGCUGAGUGAUGCAUAUAUAGGUAUCCCAGAGGGCAAGAUCUGUAUCUAUAUAGAAAAUAUAGUUGUUCUUGUAUUUUAGUGGUUCUAGUUUUAGAAUUCCAGAGUGUGAUGCUCAGUAUUUAAGCAACAAAGAUGCAUACAAUUUUUCCACUUAUUUAGGUGGUAGAUUGUAAUGUUUGUUCUCAUUGGGGUGAGUUCUAGUUAAUAUCACCCUCCAGUUUCUGUUAUAACUGCAGUGAUGUGCAGAAUGGUGCUUGUUUUUAUAAACAUCUGCUUCUUUGCAGUUUUGUGUUGCCUCAACAUGGUUAUUUUUGGUGCUGUUUUGGUAAAGGCCUCAUUUACUUGCUGGUUACAGUACACUGCUGGGUGUAAGUGGUUAUUAAAAUUUGUUUUGGAAGAACUUCUGUGAAUGAUUUCCCCCCAAAAAAUUAUUUCCAGCUGAUAUGCCACAUGGUACAGAUAAUCUUACUGAGGCUGUGGCUUCUCCAAGAAAAAAAUAUGUUGCUAAUGAUAUUCUUGAAAAUUUUAUAUUUGGUUGACUGCCUGGAUGUUAAUCUUCCUGAAAAUGCAUAUUUUAGCUCUUGCAGCAUUAUUUUCUUGAGGAUCUUGCACUUAACUUCUCCAAAAUAUUGCUCUUUGUGUCAUUUUUCAUUGUAGGGGAAAUGUAUGUGUUUAAGUUAUCUGUCUUUUGACUAGUUCGUUAUGGCCUGCCACAAAUUCCUCUCCUUGCCAACCUCCUAAUCUCGGAGUAGCUCUUGUAUCCAAUGUCCUCAAUAAUUCAUUGGAUUUAUUCCAGUUCCUGUCUUCCCCUACAGUUUUUACCAUCUACAGCUCCCACUAGUACAAUGGAAGUUAAUCCCUGAUGUCUUUAACACAAGUCCUAUCAUCCUGUUUUGUCUUCUUUUCAGUAUUUUCCAUAUAUUCCUUUCUUUGUCAUUUCUAUGGAGAACAUUCUUAUUCCUUAUCUAUAAGGCCACCUAAUUUUCAACAUUCUUCUGUAGCUCCAUACCCAAUAUGCUUCAAUUCAUUUGUGUUCCAGUUUUUCACAGUCCAUGAUUCAUUACCUGCUCCAAACGUACAUUCUCAGAAAUUUCUUCCUCAAAUAAAUGUGUAUGUUGAUGCUAACAGAUAUUUUUUAGCCAUCAACCUCCUCUUUGCAUGUGUUAGUUUGUUUUCAAUGUCUACUUUGCUUUGCCCAUCAUGGAUUAUUUCGCUUCCAAUAUAGCUUUGUCUACUUGGCGAUACCAGUUUUGAUGUUAAGCUUCUCACUGUUUUUAUUUCUCUGCUACAUCUCGUUACUUUCUUCA